UUUUACAAGUGUCUUUAAACCUCAGUUUUGGAUGGCUGACAGGUCGAGUCCCCUGGGUCAGUUCACCAUACAGAAGUGCUUUUACAGAAUCCUCUGAACCAUCAGUGCUGAGCAUGCCCCGUGAGCUGAAACACACGGCCCAGCUGAAACGCACCGGGUUUGGUCAGCCCCCACCCCGACACGGACUCCACCUGCUCCACUGGUUCUGCACACACUGCCUCUAUUUCAGUGAGAAUGAUAAGAUGGUUGCACGCUGUGAUCCGAAAAAAGGAGAUUUUGGUUUUCACCUGUUUGAGAAUCGAUUUGAAAAUGGCGUUCGACUUCUGCCACAUAUAAAUUUCCCAUACUACGUGGUGGGGAACAUGAACAGUGACAGAGCAGAUGAGCUGCCUGAUUACGUCUCUCAAGCAUUUACCGGUUACUAUGACAACAGCAAUAAGGACCGCAUCAUAGUCAGCCUUAAAAAUGGCACGUUUGAUAAAGUUUACAUCACCGAACACUUAGACGAGUGGAACUAUGACCCAGAUAAAACCUAUCACAUUAAUAAUAAACUCAUUGAAUACAUCAGUCAUAAGAAAAGGACGAAUUUCCUGAAUGAUAUGGGCAUCAGAUCUACAGUCAGCAUCACUCCAGAGAUCCGACCCAACAUCGAACCCCCUCCUGCUCCACAGAGGCACGAAACUCGCGUCAUGAUUAAUAACAGACAGAACUCAUCCAGGAGCCGAGGAUUCUGGGAUUAUUGCACAAUCCUGUAAACUUUAUCUCACCGAAUGUCUGGAUCAUUACAUGCACAUUUAUUCAUUUAGGGGUCAUAUUGUAAAGUAAAGGGGGUGGGGUUACACAGGGGUGUGUAUUCCAUCUGGGAGGAUGAGGAUGCUAUAGACAGGUAUAAAGAUUAAGAGUGGUUCUAUCAGUUAGAGGAGAAUAUAUCUCAUAUUUGAAAAAAGGAGGGGGUUUACAAACUUUUGAACUGCUAUCACUGCUAUUUCAUCCUCAAACUUUUGCACUAGAUUUUCUACAUGUCUGUGUGCUGUAUAUCUGUUUCAUCACCUGAACAGUAAACACACUGCAGUAUGUUAUUUACAGCAUUAUUUACAUACAAGAUACUUUCAAUGUAAUAAAAACACAUAUUCUAUUUCCUUCUAGUAGGUUCCAUUCAUUUGGUUCGAUAGCAUGUAAUAUUGUUAGCAUAUCGCUUAUCCUACGUGUAUUACGUCACUCUACCCAGUGGAGAAUGAGAGUUGAAUAUGGUUUACGAUAUUGUAUGGUUGUCAAGACAACAUGACGUCACACGUGGAGCGGAUGUGAAUAUUCAAGGAGGAAGUUUUCUACUGCGCAUGCGCAGAAGCAUUUUUUUAUUUGCCAGGAAAGAGAAAGAUGCGUUGAACACCUGAAAGGCUACCAAAAUUUCAUUAGAUAUUCUUCACACAUAUUUACAACUUGUAAGAGAAUCUUGUAAUUCUCAUUCUCAUCUCAUCUCAUCUCAUCUCAUCUCAUCUCAUC